AUGGCUGACACCAAAAACGCCUACGACUACAUCGUUUGCGGAGGAGGAACAUCCGGAUGCGUGGUUGCUGGACGCCUCGCUGAGAACAAGAAUGUCCGCGUCCUUCUCAUCGAAGCCGGGCAGCACAAUCGCGACCUUGAGAACGUACACAUGGCCGGCGGAUGGUCCAACAACUUUGACUCCGAGACCGACUGGAACCUCAUCACGAAGCCCAUGGCCGGGGUCGAUGACCGCCAGGUCAAGCUCAGCCGAGGCCGGUUUCUCGGCGGCAGCAGUGGGUGCAAUGGCACGCUAUGCAUUCGAGGGUGCAAACAGGACUAUGAUGACUGGGGUCUAGAAGGCUGGAGCGGCGAUGAGUUCUUCGAUGCUAUGAAGAAGUCCGAAACAUUCCACAGCAAGCCUUGGUUUAAAGCAGACAAGUCCGCCCAUGGCUACUCUGGCCCCCUCCAUACAGAACCUCAUGACCUUGCUCCCAUUGCAGACCGUCUGAUUGACUCCUUCGUCGACCAAGGCCUCCCUCUUCACCAUGACAUGUUCUCCACUGGUGACGUCCCCCAUGGCUGCGGCCACGUUCCUCGCACUGUGUACGAGGGCAUUCGCACCACCUCCGCCGACUUCAUCACCAAAGAGUACGACCGCUCCAACAUCACCAUCCAGACUGACGCGACCGUCGACCGCGUCCUCAUCGAGCCAACAGCAGAUGGUCUGCAAGCAGUCGGUGUCUUGACUCGCUCCGCAGAUGGCAGCGAGAAGGCGUACUAUGCUCGACGCGAAGUCAUUGUCUCUGGCGGCGCAUACUGCAGUCCCGCAAUCCUCAUGCGCUCCGGCAUCGGCGCCCGAAAUGAACUCGCGCAGUUCGGCAUCGACUGCCUUGUCGAUCUUCCUGGGGUAGGCAAGAACCUGAUGGAUCACCUUAUCGUCUUCAUCUUCUACGAAGCGAACAAAUCCGGUCUCACAAACUGCUCGAAAGUCUACCACGACAAUGCCCUCGAAACGACCCUUCAAGAAUACAAAGAGCACAAGACAGGCUUCCUGUCCACAUUCCCCUUCGGCUCCUUCGCGUUCGCGCGGCUAGACGAGCGCCUAAAGAACGAAGCCCUCUGGCGCGAUGCGCCCCGCCUCCCCGGUCGAGACCCCAUGGGCUUGACGCCAAAGCAACCAAACAUCGAGUUUUUCUCAACCGAGACAUACGGCGGACCAAAGCAAUACGACCAGUUCCCUGUCGACCACAAGCACGCAUUCAGUAUAAUCGCGGAACUGUUUGCGCCAAAGUCCCGCGGAACCGUGACGCUGGCAUCCAAAGACCCCAAUGACAACCCCGUCAUUGAUUGUAACUACCUCGCUGAUCCACUGGAUAUGCUGGUCUUGAGUGAAGCGUGCCGCUUCGCAAACGAGAUCGUCACCAAGGGUGCCGGGACAAAGGAUAUCGUCAAGGGCUCGUGGCCCGAGAACCUUAACCACCACACAUAUACGACGCGCGAGCAGUGGGUUCCGUAUGUGAGACAGCAUGCGACGACUUGCUACCACGCAGCCGGAACUUGUGCAAUGGGCAAGGCCGACGAUCCGAACGCGGUCCUCGAUAAUAGGCUGCGUGUCCGCGGGGUCAAGGGGCUGAGAGUUGCGGACUGUAGUGUCAUGCCGGCGCUGCAUGGUGGCCACACGCAGAUGCCGGCUUAUGGAAUCGGAGAGCGAUGCGCGGAUUUUGUCAAGGAGACGUGGGCGAAGGAGGCGGUGCAGGGCCCUAUUCAGAGUGUUUUAUAA